GAUAGCUCAGGAUCUGUUCCAGAUCCCACGAACCCGGGCUGUCAAUUAAUAUUUCAGCAAAUGCACCCCGGGUGACCUAACCAUGUCUGCUCAGGUGCUCAUUGUGGGGACGUUGUUUCCGCGAUCUGAAUGCACGGUUCUGCCGCCGGUACGCACAGACUGCCGAGCAGAUGGCCCGCGGACACCGAAUGAUCCCGCCAUAGCCUCGUUGCACGCGCUGUCGAUGUCUACUCGGCUUCAUUAUUUUAGGAUGAAGCUUAAAGACCCUGGGCCUCUCUUCCCCGCUACGUCGGACUCUUGAUGCAUGAUGCGCUGGGCGGACCGACCUGACGUCUCGUGAGAUUCG